UCCGCUUUCUUUGGCUCAACAUCAGCAUCAACUGAGCACUGCCAUCCUCCUCCUCAUCAUCAUCAUCCUGUUUGUCUUAGUCCUCGUCCUCGUUCUCUGUCUUCAUUCAUCAAGCAGUCUCACCAUGUAUCUGGAGAACAAAACCAGCCUGGAGAUUGAAAUGUCUCAGACGGCAUCCCAAGGCCACCAGGGCAGGAGCAGCCUCAGGUCACCGAAGGCGGUGGCAGGGAACUUCGGGGAACUAUGUCUGCUGGAGGGCAUCUCGGAGAGGCUAGACACCCAGAAGCUGCAGCAGUCUGCAGGACAAUGCGUCAUCCACACUGAGGGCUUCGUCCCCAUUCGACAAGAGGACGGUUUCAGGAAAAAUUUCAGUGCUGUCAACAUCCUCAGAGGAAAAACUAACUCAGCCAACCUCACAGAGAGGUCGCCUCUGCUGCGAUUCUCUCAAGAUGACAGCAUAACCUACAUGACCCUACAUGACCCCAGCUUUGUUGGAGGGGAGGAGCCCUGGAACAACGGCUCCCUGGAUGUGGAGAGGCGGUACCGGCUGGGCAGCGAGGUCACCAGCCUGUCGCUAUCGCACUCCAGCUCCUCGGAGAAGUACGACCCUCUGGAAAACCUCAACCUCAGCUUCAGGUUCACAAGCAAUGUGAAAUGCUGCUUCAAAGUCUCCAAAACUGCCACCAUCUUUGCAUUUGUUGUUCUCUGCAGUCUGUUCUUCAGCAUGUAUCCUGAUCGAGACAACCCCUGGAGGAUGCUGGCAGUCUCUCCCACAGAGAGUUUCUCAAUGAAUGUGACUGAUUUUCGGGACAAUGCUUUACUGAAGCUACAGGUGGCUGGGCCUUUUGCAGGGGGGAUGAUAGAUUUGACCACUCAGGAGUACAUCCUCAUUCAGGUAGAGCAGACCGAGCAGCCAGGACAGCGGCGGAGGAGGACUCAGCAGGUGACUCAUAACUGGACCAUCCCUCUACAUGCAGAAAGAAGCGACCAGAUAGUGGAAACAAAAACCUUUGAGAUGCUCAACAGUGAUCCCAUCGCCAUCACAAUUCAGGCGUUCCUGCAGGAUAACGAGGUGGUGCCGCUAUCCAUGACCCACCAGCCGCUUUACGUCAGCGUGGAGACACAGGUGGCCAUCGCUGGAAUCAUCCUAGCUGGGGUCUAUGUUCUCAUCAUCUUUGAGAUUGUGCACCGCACCCUGGCUGCCAUGCUGGGAUCUUUAGCAGCCUUAGCUGCUCUGUCUAUCAUCGGGAAUAGACCCAGCCUUGUCACAGUGGUGGAGUGGAUCGACUAUGAGACGCUGGCUCUUCUGUUUGGCAUGAUGGUGCUGGUGGCCAUUUUCUCAGAGACUGGCUUCUUCGAUUACUGUGCAGUGAAGGCUUACCAGUUAGCCAGAGGAAAAGUGUGGCCCAUGAUCAUCAUCCUUUGUCUCAUUGCUGCCAUUUUAUCUGCUUUUCUGGACAACGUGACCACUAUGAUGCUUUUUACUCCCGUCACCAUAAGGUUGUGUGAGGUGCUUAAUCUAGACCCCAGACAUGUCCUGAUUGCAGAAGUAAUCUUCACCAACAUUGGAGGGGCCGCCACAGCUGUCGGAGAUCCGCCCAAUGUGAUUAUAGUAUCAAAUCAGGACCUGCGCAGAGAAGGGAUUGAUUUUGCCAGUUUCACAGGCUACAUGUUCCUCGGAAUAUGCCUCGUCCUUUUUACCUCAUUUCCUUUCCUGCGGAUGCUCUACUGGAACAAAAAACUUUACAACAAAGAGUCCAUUGAAAUAGUUGAACUCAAGCAUGAGAUCCUGGUUUGGAGGCAAACGGCUCAGCGCAUAAACCCCGCCAGCCGAGAGGAGACAGCUGUGAAAUGUCUUUUAAUGCAAAAAGUCCUCAACCUGGAGAGUCUGCUGCGAAACAUGAUGAAGACCUUCCAAAGACAAAUUUCUCAGGAAGAUAAGAACUGGGAGCAAAACAUCCAAGAACUGCAGAAGAAGCACAGAAUUACUGACAAAGUUCUGCUGGUGAAGUGUGUGUCCGUCCUUGGCGUUGUGAUCUUCAUGUUCUUUCUCAACUCCUUCAUUCCCAGCAUUCAUCUCGAUCUUGGUUGGAUCGCUAUCUUGGGUGCGCUCUGGCUUUUGGUUCUGGCUGACAUUCAGGAUUUUGAGAUCAUCUUGCACCGAGUGGAGUGGGCCACGCUGCUGUUUUUUGCCGGCCUCUUCGUUUUGAUGGAGGCUUUAGCCCAGCUGCAGCUUAUUGACUAUAUCGGAGAACAGACAGCACUGCUUAUAAAAGCGGUGCCAGAAGACCAGCGCUUGGCUAUAGCCAUUAUCUUGGUGAUGUGGGUCUCGGCUCUGGCUUCUUCUCUCAUUGACAACAUUCCCUUCACUGCCACCAUGAUUCCUGUUCUCAUCAACCUGAGUCAGGAUGCAGAUGUGAACCUGCCAGUUAAACCGCUCAUCUUUGCUUUGGCUAUGGGAGCCUGUCUGGGUGGAAAUGGCACAUUGAUAGGAGCAUCAGCCAACGUUGUGUGUGCAGGCAUCGCUGAGCAACAUGGAUAUGGCUUUUCCUUCAUGGAGUUCUUCAAGCUGGGAUUCCCCAUGAUGAUAAUGACAUGCAUGAUCGGCAUGUGCUACCUGCUGGCCACGCACAUCGGACUGGGAUGGAACAUGUGAACUGUACCUGCUGCACAGAAAUCCAAAGAAACUGUGUGACCACUCCUCCAAGAGUCUGAGUUCACUGUAACGUGAUGUGUAACCUGACUGCUCAGUUUACCGGCAUUAUAUGAAGCAUUGCAGCCAUAUUUUUCAAAGCACGGAAAAGUGGUGUCUUUGAGUAAAGUGUAGACCAUCAGGGACCAGAUUUAUCUGAGCUUUGACCAAAAUGCAAGAAAUUUCUGAAACAAAAAUGUCACCAGUCCAUUAUGGUGUACAUGGUGCUAUGGCUUCACAGGGUAAAAUAACUAGUGUAAGCAUUUGAAGGUGUGCUCGCUGAUGUCAGACUGUCCGUUCUUUUGGAAACAGACAAAAAAGAAACAAAAAAAGAAAAAGUGGCCUGUUUAGAAAACCAAUCACGAACAUUACACCAGUGGUUUACCAAACUUCUGUUUAUAUUUACAACAAGAUCCAGUGAAAGGGAUUUUCUAAUGGUUUGUGUCAAAGGCAGCAUCAAUUUAACUGCAAAGAACCGAUGAGACAAGAAAGCAGUUGUAGACUGUGGUCGAAGCAUUGUAUACCACCUAGUGGAUUGUGUACAUGUAAGCUCACUGAUUUAUUUCAGCAAUCAUAUUCAUCAUGUAAAUGCUCUCAAUGCACUGAACAGCAUCUUCUUACUUUAUCUGUUUUUCUGUAUGCAUUGUACAGCCCAACAUCCUGAACAGCCAAAAGGAGAACGAAAAAAUAAAUCGAGGAAUAAAUUUGCGUGUAAGAAUUUAUAUUUAUUACAGAUGCUCAUCAGGGAAACACAGACUUUAGACACUAUUGAAAAACUUUAGACUCGUCUAUUCUGCAGCCAGAGGUCAAAAGACCUUCCAGGAAUGGUGAUGCUAUUUUCCAGAGGAUUGACUGUUGAUCCCUAAUCUGGAACCUAACCAGCUCCAAAAGGUACUAUGGCGAUAUAGUCUGGUAAGUGAACCACCUACUUAGCAGAGUAAACCCUGAAGUUCCUUGGAUAAGCCCAAAACCUGCACAAGCCAGUGUACUCCUAGUGUCGGUCCCAAGCCCAGAUAAAUGGGAUCCGGGACAGAAUCUUUGCCAAGUCAAACGUGCAGCUCAUGAAGAAUGUGAUUCCCUAAUCAAUCGUUGGUUGAUCAGGGUGCCACCGCAAACUGCUACUGUUUGCUGAACACAAAGAGGAGAGGGUGAAGAUUCGUGGAUGUAGUUAAGAGAACAUGCAGAUGAUUGGUGUGACAGAGGAGGAUGCUAGGGAUAGGGUGAGAUAGAAGCAGAUGCUCAGAUGUGCAGAUGUGGCGACACCUGAAAAGAAGCAGCUGAAUGAAGAAGAGGAAGGGUUUUGGUACAGUAGAAAACAAACUGCGUUUCUUGUUUCUGUGUGGGAAAUGCUUUCUGGCUCUUCAGUUAGACCGACUCUCUCGAGCUACAUUCACAGCUCUACUUUCACCGUUUACCAGCAGUGAGAGAGUAAAACUGACUCUUGUUUUUCCUUUAAUGAGUCAGGCUCCGGGCCAGCAAAACUCCAGCAGCACAGAUCAAUGUACAGCAUGCAGUUCCUGUAGGACUGCUGUUCCAUAUUAACACUUUUUACUCCCAGGGGAACGUGAAGUGGGGGACACCUCAGCUGGUUAGAGUCACUGGAAAUAUGUAGCAUCCACUUUGUUGCCCCUGUCGAACUGUGCUCAGGAUCACGGGUAGUUAAUU